GUUAGUUGUAUCCUUCCGCCUUGGCCCUAAGGGACUUUUUAUUUUGUUUCCUUUUGCUUCUAAAGCUUCCAGCGUAAAUCAGCGGCCUUUGAUGAGUCUUCUAAGUGGCAGUCUUUGCACUGGAAAGAUUUCUCUAGCUGGUUGUGGAGACGUUUGCAGGAGGUUCCUUUGGAUCUUCGGAGGCUGGCGGAGGGAGACGUUUUGUUGUUGAUGGGCAGCGUCUGUGGAGGAUAUUGAGAAAGUCCAAAAUGGCGGUCGCUGCCAGGUCGAGAGGACCCGGCAGGCCUUGAGUUCAGGGAGGGGAGAGAACGAGAGCGACUCUGGGCCCGGAAAGGCGCCGGGAGAUCCCGGAGAGGACGAGGGGCAAACCCUGACAACCGGGUAGCGGGGAGAGAAGCUUCGGCUGAGCGGCCUAGUUCCCCCGCCCGUUAGGCCUGGUGCUCGAGCGAGGAGAAGGAGGGGCCGGGCAUGGCCCCCUGAGGGGCCUCCCAGAGAGCAAGGAGCGGGUGGAGGGUAUGGAGUCCAGAGAGGAGCAGGUGGAACAGAGCGAAGGGUCAGAUCAAGGGACCUGGGGGGAGAAGGGCCCCCUUGGGGACCAGGGAGACUGGGUGUCCCGUGGGGAGAAGGGGGAAAGAGGGAGCCGGGGCUCGAGGGGGGAACGUGGCCUUUCGGGGGAAAGGGGAGAACAUGGGGAUUGGGGGGAACGUGCCUCCAGGAUGGAGAAGAGUGAACGGACUGCAAAGGGUGAGCGGGCUCCCCGGAGUGACAAGGCCGAACAGGGCGAUGGGGGUCCCCGGGCUGAUCGAACUCUUCGACUGCCUCGAGUGUCAGACCAGGCAGACCGUGGCCUAUGGGGGGCAGAGCAAGGCGAAUGGAUGGAACGUGGCCCAUCCUGGGCUGGAGAUCCUGACCCCCUGUUGCCUCCUGAGGACUUUUUGCCACCACCUGAAUGUCCUGUCUUUGAGCCCAGUUGGGCCGAAUUCAGUGAUCCACUAGGUUACAUUGCCAAGAUCCGGCCCAUCGCAGAAAAAAGUGGUAUCUGCAAGAUUCGCCCUCCUGCUGACUGGCAACCUCCCUUUGCUGUGGAAGUGGAUAACUUCCGGUUUACUCCACGGAUACAGAGGCUCAAUGAACUGGAGGCACAGACCAGGGUAAAACUGAACUAUUUAGACCAGAUUGCAAAAUUCUGGGAGAUUCAAGGCUCUGCACUGAAAAUUCCCAACGUAGAGAGGCGUAUCCUUGAUUUGUACAGCUUGAGUAAAAUUGUGAUGGAAGAAGGUGGAUAUGAAGCCAUCUGCAAGGAUCGCCGGUGGGCAAGGGUGGCCCAGCGACUUUCCUAUCCAUCAGGAAAGAAUAUUGGCUCCCUUCUUCGCUCCCACUAUGAGCGUAUUAUCUACCCGUAUGAAAUGUACCAGUCUGGUGCUAACCUGGUGCAGUGCAAUACUCAUCCAUUUGAUAAUGAAGAGAAGGACAAGGAGUAUAAGCCACAUAGCAUCCCAUUGCGCCAGUCAGUGCAGCCUUCCAAGUUCAACAGCUAUGGGCGGCGGGCCAAGCGUCUGCAACAGGAGCCAGAGCCAACAGAGGAAGACAUUGAGAAGAACCCAGAAUUGAAGAAGCUGCAGAUUUAUGGUGCUGGUCCCAAAAUGCUGGGUCUGGGGCUCGUAGCCAAGGACAAGAACAUGCGCAAGAAAGACAAGGAGAUGCCAGAGUGCCCCCCAACGGUGAUAGUAAAAGAGGAAGCUCCUGUUUCAGAGGUGAAGCUGGAGCCCACCUCACCCCGAGGCUAUGCAAAUACAAAAGAGGAGUUGAGGCACAGUCCAGAACCUUGCACCAAGAUGACAAUGCGCCUCCGUCGCAAUCACAACACUCAGUUUAUCGAAUCUUACGUUUGUCGGAUAUGUACGCGGGGAGAUGAGGAUGACAAGCUGCUGUUAUGUGAUGGCUGUGAUGACAACUAUCACAUCUUCUGCCUCUUGCCUCCUUUACCUGAGAUUCCUAAAGGUGUCUGGAGAUGUCCCAAAUGUGUCAUGGCGGAGUGUAAGCGUCCCCCAGAGGCUUUUGGCUUUGAGCAGGCCACUCGGGAAUACACACUACAGAGCUUUGGGGAGAUGGCAGAUUCUUUCAAGGCUGACUACUUCAACAUGCCAGUCCACAUGGUGCCCACAGAACUUGUAGAAAAGGAGUUCUGGCGCUUGGUGAAUAGCAUUGAAGAGGAUGUGACAGUGGAGUAUGGGGCUGACAUUCAUUCCAAAGAAUUUGGAAGUGGUUUCCCCAUCAAUGAUGGCAAAAGGCAGCUGUCUCCAGAGGAAGAAGAGUAUGCAGCCAGCGGCUGGAACCUCAAUGUGAUGCCGGUGCUGAAGCAGUCAGUGCUAUGCCACAUCAACGCUGAUAUUUCAGGCAUGAAGGUACCAUGGCUCUAUGUGGGCAUGGUAUUCUCUGCUUUCUGUUGGCACAUCGAGGAUCACUGGAGUUACUCUAUUAACUACCUCCACUGGGGCGAACCUAAGACUUGGUAUGGGGUCCCAUCCUUUGCAGCUGAACAUCUGGAAGAUGUUAUGAAGAAACUGACCCCAGAGCUUUUUGAGAGCCAGCCAGACCUGUUGCACCAGCUGGUGACACUCAUGAACCCUAAUACACUCAUGGCUCAUGGCGUCCCUGUCGUCCGGACCAAUCAGUGUGCUGGAGAGUUUGUUAUUACGUUCCCUAGAGCUUAUCACAGUGGCUUCAACCAGGGCUAUAACUUUGCCGAAGCAGUCAACUUUUGCACUGCUGACUGGUUGCCAGCUGGUCGCCAGUGCAUCGAGCACUAUCGACGCCUUCGCCGUUACUGUGUCUUCUCUCAUGAAGAGCUUAUCUGCAAAAUGGCUGCUUGCCCUGAAAAGUUGGACUUGAACUUGGCUGCUGCUGUACACAAGGAGAUGUUUAUCUUGGUGCAGGAGGAACGUAAAUUGCGAAAGGCUCUCCUUGAUAAGGGAAUCACUGAAGCAGAGCGAGAGGCUUUUGAGUUGCUUCCGGAUGAUGAGCGCCAGUGUGACAAAUGCAAGACAACCUGUUUUCUGUCAGCACUGGCUUGCAAUGAUUGUCCAAAUUGUCUUGUCUGCCUUUACCACAUCAAUGACCUCUGCAAGUGCCCGAGCAGCAGGCAGUACCUCAGGUAUCGGUAUACUCUGGAUGAACUCCCAGCCAUGUUACAUAAAUUAAAGGUCCGAGCUGAGUGCUUUGACACGUGGGCCAACAAAGUUCGCAUUGCUUUGGAAGUGGAAGAUGGACGCAAGAGAACCUUGGAGGAGUUGCGUGCCCUGGAGUCGGAGGCACGUGAGAGGAACUUCCCUGAGAAUGAGCUUCUUCAUCGGCUCAAAGCCUGUUUGAGUGAAGCAGAGAAGUGUGUCUCAGAGGCCCUGGGUCUGAUAAGUAUCCAAGAAACAGAGGAGCCAUCAGUCCAUAUGACGGUAGAGGAAUUACGUGCCUUCCUAGAGCAAAUGAUGAACUUGCCCUGCGUCAUGCACCAGAUAAAGGAGGUCCAGGACGUGUUGGAGAAGGUGGAAGCUUUCCAGGUGGAAGUUCAAGAGGCUCUACAAGAUCUUUCAGGCAAUUCCCCAGAGCUGCACAAACUGCUGGCACAAGGAACACGGCUAGGGGUGGAGGUGCCAGAGAUGGAGCUGCUGGAGAGGCAGGUGCAGCAGGCGGUCUGGCUGGAAGAGGUCAAGCAGACUCUGCGUUCACCCCAGGACAAGGUUACGCUGUCUGUCAUGAGGGCGCUCAUCACUUCUGGCUGCGGGGUUGCCCCUAGUCCUGCUGUGGAUAAGGCUAUGGCUGAGUUGCAGGAGUUGCUCACCAUUGCCCAGCGUUGGGAGGAAAAGGCACAAAUGUGCCUGGAGGCCAGGCAGAAGCAUUCGCCAGCUACACUGGAGGCCAUCAUCAAGGAGGCAGAGAACAUCCCAGUGCAUCUACCCAAUAUCCUGUCGCUCAAGGAGGCGCUAUCUAAAGCACAGGCUUGGAUUGCUGAUGUGGAGGAGAUCCAGGCUGUGUCCUCUUCACAGAACGGAGACCAUUACCCCUGCCUGGAUGACCUGGAGGGCCUUGUGGCUGUGGGUAGAGAUUUGCCAGUGCACUUGGAGGAGUUGCAUCACUUGGAAAUACAAGUGGCUACUGCACACUCCUGGCGGGAAAAGGCCUCCAAGACCUUCCUCAAAAAGAACUCCUGCUACACAUUGCUUGAGGUGCUGUGCCCGUGCGCUGAUGCUGACUCAGAUAGUGUCAAACGCACCAAAUGGCAGCGGGAGAAGGAGCCAGGCCUCUACAAUUCAGACACAGAGAGCCUGGGCCUCUCAGCACAGGACCUCAGGGACCCUGGCUCUGUUAUCUUGGUCUUCAAAGAAGGCGAGCAGAAGGAGAAAGCAGGGAUCCUCCGCCUCCGCCAGUCAAAUGCCCAGAAGCCUGUGCCAUCCACACAUAGCCCUUCUGGGAGCCAGUACUGUGUGUGUUCCCAGCCUCCGAGCCCUGCUAUGUUGCAGUGUGAACUGUGCCAGGACUGGUUCCACACCACCUGUGUGGCUUGGCCCCGCCUGGGCAACCCCCGGCCCUCUCCGGCCUGGUGGGAGUGGGAAGCAAAAUUCCUGUGUCCUCUCUGCCAGCGUUCCCGCCGGCCCCGCCUGGAGACAAUCCUGGCUCUGCUAGUGGCUCUGCAGAAACUUCCUGUCCGGCUGCCUGAGGGAGAAGCCCUUCAGUGCUUGACUGAGCGAGCCAUCAUGUGGCAGGACCGGGCUCGCCAGCUCCUGGCCUCCUCCGAUGUAGUUGCUGCCUUGGGACAUUUAGCAGAGCUGCGGCAGCGACUGCUUGGGGACUCAGCCAAGGACGCAGGUGCACUCAAAGAGAGCAGCUGCAACGAACAAACAAAGAUAUCCUUAGAGAAUGGAGAUGCCACAACUCCAGAGAAGAACAGCUCCUGUGCCUCAGACCUGGAGAUGCUUUGUUCUUACCUGCCACAGCUGCAGGGCCCUGUCCUAGAGUUGGCAGAUGCUGUCCGUCUACCCUUGGAAGAGCUGCUAAUGGAAGGGGACCUUCUCGAGGUGACGCUAGACGAGAGCCAGAGCAUUUGGCGCUUGCUACAGGCUGCUUGUGCACCCCAGCUUGACAAAUUCCAGCAGCUGCUGGAUGUGAGUGUCAUUCUUACGCUGGAACAAGCAGAGCGGCGUGUCACCCGCGGGCGAGGCCGGGACUCAGAGCGGCGGCGGAAACGCAAGACAGAGCGUGGUGACUACCCAGCCCUGCCUAAGGAGGAAUUAGAGCCAAAGAAGAUCCGGGGGGCAGACCCAGUGCUGUCCCAGUGUGGCACUCCCCCUGCAGCAGGCACAGACUGCAGCCACAAUGGAGUUGGACAGUUGUGACGGCUAGAAGAUGCCUGGAUUUCCCCUUCCUGGACUCUACUGCACUGUAAGGGACUCUGGCAGCCCCAGGUCACCCUGUUGGUUUGACUAGCACUCUGCAUGGGGAGGCACCCAGCCCUAGAAGCUGCAGGCUGCAUCUCCCCCCACCCCCAGGACUUGGCACUGGCCCUGCAUCAGACUAUUUUUCAGAUGAUGUAAUAUUUUAUUUUCUUUUUCCUCCUUUUGUAUUGUUGAUACCAUGGAAGGGGGAGGCAUUGCAGGGGUCACCAACAAGCAGGGCCCAUGUUCUCUUUGGCAGAAGCAGCUGAGGGCACCACUGCGUCACUGUAAGGACUGAAGCCUUGCAGAGAUCUGGCACGGGUGGUAGCAGAAUGUGCUGGGACUACGCCCAGCUCCUCGCUUCAGGCAGUAAAAGGAACUGGGACCCCUCCUGAGGGGCGCAUCCUCCUCCUCGUACCAGCAUUCCCUGGAUACUGCAGGGACAGCACCUCCUGUUGCACAGAGGGGCAGCUCUCCCUAGACACCCCUAUCCUCCUCCUGGCCCCUGUUGGGUUUUAUAGGAAUCGUGGUAACCACUUUAUUCUGUAGGGUGGUGGAAAAGGCAAGGAAUAUUUUAGUUCCACUCAGCCACUACUCCACCCUCAUCGUCCCACCCCUGGAUCAUGGGCCCCAUACUGCCUCAGGCUCUGACACUAAAAAUCUUUUGUCUUUCUCUUUUUAGUGUUUUCCUUUACUUUCUCCAGCAGAGAAGGGUGGGAUGUUGGGGGUAGGGAGGGGUGUGUUAUUUUAUUGUAUUAUGAUUUUUUUAUUAUUAUUAAACUUUGGAGGUUAACAAA